AGCAGGUAAAUUUUCUACUUCUUCCAGACAUCGUCUUAUAAGCUUGAGCAAUAAGAAAUAAGCAUUUCAAAACCCAAAAGAACGGGCAGCUUUUCUUUCAACUGCGCAUCUCCUCCACCAAACCGGCAUCGUUUUGCCUUCAUCUCUCAGCAGGUUCAACUUUCAGUAAAGAAAAGGCAUGGAAGAUAUCCUGACAGAAAUUCCACCACCUUCAAGGUUCUUUCAGGAAGAUCUCAACAACUUCACCCCUCCAUCACCACCGCUUCCAUCUCCUUUCCUACUGUUCUCUAAUCCUAAACCUGAUCAACCAUUUCGCCCGUAUCUCCUUAUCAUUGCGUUAUCGUCCUCAUCUCUUUGUGUCAUUGAUCGUGUACCUUCAAAGACACUAAUUGGUAGUGUCAUUCUGCCUGAGAUUCCUUUCUCAGGCAACACUACUGAACCAUCUCUUCGGGACAAAUCCUGCAACAUUUAUGCGGUAAAUGAUGCUGAUAAGUUGACUCUUUUGGUUUUCGUUCAAUGCUCUGUUAGUGCUGAGAGAUCUAAUGUGGUUGCGAAGUUGCUUAUUGGCGGACAAAUCAUUCCCGAAAGGGUUUUAAUCUUGGAUUCAAUUCAAAGACAGAAUUUCCGUGGUAAGCUCUCACCAGAUGAGACAUGUGCUUUCAAGCUAGAGACAUCAGUAGUGAGGAAAGGGCAAGCUGAUGGCUGUGGAGGUUUAGAAUUAGUGAAAGGUUUAGACUAUCUCCCAUCAGGGAGUAUGGUGGAUGGCUUGUCAGCUGCAAUUUUAUCCCAAUGUCAGAUGAGAAACAUCAGAGGAACUCUAUGUGUUUUCUGGCCUGAAUAUGGUGGUUCUGUUGUUUCCCUGAUCAAGUCUAUACUGCAAAAGAAUGUGUUGCAUGGGUACGACUUGUCAGGCGGAGAUGCUGAGGAUAAAUCGCUAAGGACUGGCCGGAAUAGGGACCAUGCUUUUGAUUCUGAACUGUAUACCUGAUGUACUAGGUUAGAAAUGCUUAUCGACUAACAUUUUAUUUCGCUUACGAAAUUUUGAAUGUACUCCUUGUCUCUUUUCCAUUUGGUAUGAUCCCCUGCUUUACUUUUAAUUUUA